AUGGGGGCGUGCGAUGACAAUUUCCUGCGUGCUUGGUUGGCUAUUGCAUUCUCCUGCUUCCUUGCCCCAACCACAAGCUUGAGCAUCUCACCAAGGUGUUACAUUGCUAUUCUUCACACAAGUGCUGUAAAAGACGCCAAGAUAUGCGACUUUGUUAUUGAUCAACUAAGAUUGGCAUUCAUGGGUUUUGGUGACAAGAAGAAGGUUGUUUGCUGCUGUGUUUUCCAUCUAGUUAUUUUGUAUUUGGAUUCAUUGGAUGUUGAUGAACCAAUACCUGCUACACUUACAAGGGCAAGCAUCUGGAAUGAUGAUCUAAUAACCAAAGUCAUGAAGAAAGACAGGAAGGGUCCAGGAGUGUAUGGCAAGCUGUGUAAGCAAAAAUAG